CUUGAGCUCCCAUAAGAACCCCUCCCUCACCGCUUACUUUUUACUUAUACUUCAACCAUUCCCCUUUCCCUCCUCUCUUCAUCUCUUCCUUCCUCAUACCAAUUUCUUACUAUUCUUCCUCUUGACCGUUGUUGCUACGCAUCAAUUGGUCUAACUCUUCUAGUUAGAAGAGAGUUGGAAGUGACAGUCUGAAUCUCUUAAAACCCAUUUUCUCCUUAUCCCAGAUACCUCGAAUCACCGUCAAGAUGGUUCAAUCUGCUGUUCUGGGUUUCCCCCGUAUGGGUGUGAACCGUGACCUGAAGAAGGCCACUGAAGCUUACUGGGCUGGCAACCUCUCCCAGGCCGACCUCCUUGCUGAGGCUAAGCGUCUCCGUCUUGCCCACUGGAAGAUCCAGAAGGAUGCCGGUGUCGACAUCAUCCCCAGCAAUGACUUCGCCCUCUACGACCAGGUCCUCUCUCACAUCCAGGACUUCGGUGCCGUCCCUGAGCGAUACUCCAGUGCUAACCUCGACCGCGUCGAUGAAUACUUCGCCAUGGGUCGUGGUCACCAGAAGGGCGGUGUAGAUGUGCCCAGUUUGGAGAUGGUGAAAUGGUUUGACUCCAACUACCACUACGUCAAGCCUACCCUCCAGGACAACCAGACCUUCAAGCUCACUGCUAGCCCCAAGGCUGUCGUUGAGUACCAGGAGGCCAAGGAAGCCGGCAUUAACACCCGACCUGUUCUGCUAGGUCCGGUCUCUUUCCUUCACCUUGGUAAGGCCGACCGUGGCCAGAGCGUCGUUCCCAUCGACCUCCUUGACAAGCUUCUACCCGUCUACGAGGAGCUCCUCAUCAAGUUGAAGGAAGCUGGUGCCGAGACCGUCCAGAUCGACGAGCCCAUCCUCGUCUUUGACCUUCCCGCCAAGACCAAGGCUGCAUUCAAGCCUGCCUACGAGAAGUUCGCUAGCUUGGCUGGCAAGAUCCCGAGCCUGGUCUUCACCACCUACUUCGGUGACAUUGUUCACAACCUUGACCUCCUCCCUAAGGACAUCUAUGCCGUCCAUAUCGACCUUGUCCGCAACCCUGAGCAGCUAGAGACCGUCUUGGGUGCUCUCGGACCCAAGACUACCCUCUCAGUUGGUGUUGUCGAUGGCCGAAACAUCUGGAAGACCAACUUCAAGCGCGCCAUUGAGGUCGCUGAGACCGCUAUUCAGAAGCUUGGCAAGGAUCGUGUCAUCGUCGCCACCUCCAGCUCUCUCCUCCACACUCCCCACACCCUUGCCAGCGAGAAGAAGCUGGACCCUGAAAUUGCUGACUGGUUCUCGUUCGCCUCCGAGAAGGCUGUCGAGAUUGCCAUCAUUGCUAAGGCCGUCACCGAAGGCCCUGCCUCCGUUCGCGAGGCUCUUGAGGCUAACGCCAAGUCUCAGAACGCCCGUGCUACCUCUAAGCGAACCAACAACCCCCAGGUCAAGGAGAGGCAAUCCAAGAUUACCCCCUCGGACUACAACCGCAAGUCUGAAUUCCCCUCCAGAAUCUCCCAGCAACAGAAGAAACUCAACCUCCCUCUCUUCCCCACCACCACCAUCGGCUCCUUCCCCCAGACCAAGGAGAUUCGUGUACAACGAAACAAGUUCACCAAGGCAGAGAUUACUGAGGCUCAGUAUGACAAGUUCAUUGAGCAGGAGAUUGACAUGAACGUCAAGAUCCAGGAUGAGCUCGAACUCGAUGUCUACGUCCACGGUGAGCCCGAGCGAAACGACAUGGUUCAGUACUUCGGCGAGCGUCUAGACGGUUAUGCCUUCACCACGCACGCUUGGGUUCAGAGCUACGGCUCCCGUUGCGUGCGACCUCCUAUCAUUGUUGGCGAUAUCUCUCGCCCAGCCCCCAUGACCGUCAAGGAGUCCAAGUACGCCGUCUCCGUCUCCAAGAAGCCCAUGAAGGGUAUGUUGACAGGUCCGGUUACUUGCCUUCGAUGGUCUUUCCCUCGUGAUGACGUCCACCAGUCCGUCCAGGCCGAACAGCUUGCUUUGGCUCUCCGUGACGAGGUCGUUGACCUUGAGAAGGCUGGCAUUGACGUCAUCCAGGUUGACGAGCCUGCCCUCCGUGAGGGUCUUCCCCUCCGCGCUGGCAAGGAGCGUGAGGCUUACCUUGACUGGGCCGUCAAGGCUUUCAGGCUCUCAACCGUUGGCGUUGAAGACUCCACUCAGAUCCACUCGCACUUCUGCUACUCUGAGUUCCAGGACUUCUUCCACGCCAUCGCCGCUCUCGAUGCUGACGUCCUGUCCAUUGAGAACAGCAAGUCCGACUCCAAGCUUCUAGGCGUGUUCGUCGAGGAGGCGUACCCUCGCCACAUUGGACCCGGUGUCUACGACAUCCACUCGCCGCGUGUGCCCAGCGAGCAGGAGAUCAAGGACCGCAUUGAGGAGAUGCUCCAGUACCUCAAGCGUGAGCAGCUCUGGAUCAACCCUGACUGCGGUCUCAAGACCCGUCAGUGGAAGGAGACUAAGGCGGCGUUGGUCAACAUGGUCAACGCAGCCAAGUACUUCCGCACUAAGUACGCCUAAUAAACGGUUCUCUCUAUUUAGCGAGACAAGUGUUUCAAUUUUAGGAAAACUGAUGAUAAUUGCAUGAGGUUGUGGGGAGUUAGCUGCCAAAUUUUCACGGGAACUGCAUAAUCGAUUUCAACAUCGGCGUUUUACUGGCAGGGUUCUCAAAGGGGAUCUAUACCAUAAAAGUUCUACAGGAAAGACUGGCGGGAAACGGUAGCAUUCAACAUUAAGCAUUUAACGGGUGGGAAAGAAAUAUACCAACAGUCCAUCAACCGGACUUGGGGAGUAGGCGUUAUUGGCACUUGAUGCCCUUUUUGAAGGAGAUCGCGGAUUUGCGAUCAAAUGUAGAUGUAUGAGCAGUCUGUCCAAUUCAACUGGGCGAUGAUUUAGGAAGAGAAAUUGAAUCUUCCACAAGUAA